AUGACCAGUGACAAGAAAAUCCCAGUAACUGUGAGGCUUUUCAAUGGCCAAGAGCCCACAAAGAUGUACUCUGACAGUAUUACCGUGUCCGAGCUCCGUGAGCAGAUCUAUGCAUUUAGUGGAGUUGAUCCGCAGGAUAUGAAACUCUAUGUAGCUUUUAACAGAACGCCAAUGGGUCGCGCUAGCUCAGAUGAGAGACAAUGGGAUCUGGAAGUCACUAAGGAAACCAACGGUGAUCAACGUAUACUAGAAGGCCAUUCCAGUUGUUAUAUAAUAGUCCAGGAUACAAACAAGGACUCGUUAAUAUAUCAAUUGAUGAAGCAAGAUGAACAAGAUGAAGGUCCCCUGUUUGAAUACAGCCAAAAGGAUUACGAGAACCGUGAUAACACAGUUCUUAGAUGGAAACAGCAAGAACAGUUGGGCAGAUUUGAUUCUGAGUACAAUGCAAAUAUGGCCAAAGACCUAGAACAACAAGAGCUCAAGGCGUCUCAGUUACAAUUGGGUGAGAGAUGCACGGUUAAGGGUGUCUCUGAGAGACGCGGCUGGCUCAGAUACGUUGGUCCUGUCGAGGGGUUAACUGGAUUAUGGUGUGGUGUGGAAUUCGAUAAGGCUGAGGGUAAAAACAACGGUGUUUUCAAAGAACACACAUAUUUUGGGCCUGUUAGUGACAACCACGGUGGAUUUGUGAGACCACAACAGGUGGAAACAGGAACACAAUAUGCUCCUUUCGAAACCUCGGGUUCGGACUCCGAUGAGAUAUAA